GUAUCCCAUUAAACUAACCGAAUCCUUGAUAAUUUCUAACAAUCUUAAAAUCUCUUGAUCUUUUCAAGAUUAAGUGAAAAUGUCUUCUAAUUAUUUUCUCGUUUUUUGGACAUUUCUAGUUCCCGUUGUGAAUUGUUACCUGGAAAUUCAUGAAUCUAAUGUUUGGAUUCCAAUUUUCAACUCAAAUAUCAGUGAACCGCUUUUCUUUUACAUUCAGGAUUUUAACUUCCUUUCAAGUCAAUAUUCAUUGACGGAAUUGAACAGAAAUCCAUCGAACCUUAGAACUGGUGGAUUGACCUACAACUUCACCAAAGCAUAUCCACUAGGUAAUGUAUCGAAUUAUUAUCGUUUAUAUUCAGAUAAUAACGACCAAGUAGCAGCCUUUCGAAGUAUGAACUUUGUUGUUUUGGAACUAAGAACUAAGCCCUCGAUCUAUGCUCAAGCGAUUAACAGAACUCGAUGGAUCAAACAUGGACAAAAUUUUCACAUCUCAUUCUUCAAACAAAUAGUUUUAAAUGAAACAAAAUCGUUUCGAAUGGUUUAUUUACUUGAGCCACAAGAGUUACGAUUCGUCCAAUUUGAGAAUAUCGAUCAAUCCUUCAGCUCAAUCAGUGUUACUCAUCAAUUCGUCCAUCGAAAUUUGGCUUAUUCUUUCGGCUCCCGUGUUUCGACGGACGGAACAACUUACGAUUACAUUGCUCGGGUACUUUUACUAAGGAAUGAAUCUUACAGCGAAAUUUAUUUCACCAAUUUUCGAAACAAUUUUGGUUAUCCUGAUCAAGUUCGAUUCGCUUCUUCUGAAUACAUCCAUCGAAAUGUAAUACGAUCUCAAUUAUCUUCAGAACAACUUUUCAUAAGUUAUCGAAAUGGUUCAGAUCGAAUCUUGGUAGUUCCAUUUGGCCAAAUCAGUGCAGCUUUUGGAACAGUUAACACCCGCGUUUGUACUAAUACAGAGUUCUUAUGGACAAUGUCACGUCAGAAUAAUCGAUCGAAUUGUGUUUAUUCCGUUCUUGCCAGAAAUGAUUUUUUCUUUAAACAAAUUGACUUUUCCAACUUCAAUUCUCACAUUUUCUCAUUCACCCACAAUAGAAUUGUUGAUUUUGUUCCUCUUGCAAUGAAAUUGAUUCCUGGUUAUCUUCUCCUGAUUCUCUCAUCUAAUGAAAAUUACGAUUUUUAUCAGUAUUCAAUUCAAUUUCUCGAUUCAAAUAAUCAGUUGUCCAACCAAGCGCCUCUUCAAAGAUUCGUCUAUUCCGCUCGUCCCGAUGACCGAACGAAAAUCUAUUAUUAUGAUAAACCUUAUCCUCAAGUUCUCAUUACGAUUAAUCAAUAUCACUACAAUGAACCGCUUGUUCUAUGUCCAUUUCUAUCGAGUUCUUGUCUUGCUUGUAUGAUGACCAAAUUCUUUGACGAUAAUACAACAUACAGAUUUUGCAGUUGGGAAGAAGGAGUCGAAGGUCAUGUCGGUUCCUGUCAAGCUGAUAGAACCAUAGAACCAACAGGAAACGAUGCAGAUAGGUCGCCAAACGUACACUAUUGUUUUACAUUCAGAGAUGUAACAACAGUUUAUUCACCGUUUAUAUUGAUCUUUUCUAUCGAAUUAGAUAUAAUUGGUUAUCAUGAAUCGAUGAUAACUACGUUUCCUAUUUCAGUUCAAAUUUUCAACGAAUUUAAUAUAAUUCGUCCAUGUGAUAUAGUACGAAUUGUUGGUUCAAAGGUCUCAAUAAGAUGCUAUAACGUUCAACAUGGAGAGUAUAGACUACGAUUUUAUGUUUAUCGAGCAUCAACUUCAUCAAAUUAUGAAUACAAACAUUACUUGUACACAAUAUCACAUUUUAUCGAAACAGAAAACAGAAGCAUAACAGAGCCUGGCACUACCGAACCAAUAACCACGCCGAUAACCACACCAACAACCGCACCAACAGCCACGCCAUCAACCACUCCGAUAACCAGUCCACAACCAACGGAAAUUAUCAUUGAUCCUACAGGUGAAUCUACUCCCGAUGUUACUCAGCCAGAAUUUAAUAUAACUUCAACGGAAUCUCCUGAAUCAUCUGAAUCAUCAAGAUCGUCGAUGUAUUUAGUUUUCAUUAUUUUUAUUCUAAUUUUCAUCUUGGGAUAUUUUAUCAUGUUAAAGAAGAAAUCUCAUGAUGAUGAUAAUCGUUCCAAGAAUAUUCAAAUAGUUCCAGGAGAAUUCAAAUCAUUACCAAAAUCGGAUUCCAAUCUCGGAAUCAAAUCACUACCAAAAUCUGAUUCAAACUUUAGAAUCAAAUCACUACCGAAAUCUGAUUCCAAUCUCAGAAUUAAAUCCGCUUCGAAAUCUUUAUUGGCUCUAAAAUCUGUGGGUUCAAAUUCUGAGAAAAAGUCAAACCCAAAGUAUCUCAAAGAUAUUAAAUCGAACGAUGAUAAAAAAGUUCCAACAGUUAAAUCUACCUCUUCCUUAUCUAACCAAUUAAGGUCUAAAUCGACUAUCGGGUCCGAAUUAGAUGCCAAAGGUCUAGUGAUUAAGAAUAAAAAUAAGUCCAAGUAAUCGAUUCACAAUCAAGGGAUCAAUAGAUUUAAAUCUUUUAAAAUUUUAUUAAAUCUCUUCUAUAACAAUUAAUCUUUUCUAAUUUUCCAUUAACUGUAUCCCGAAGCAUUUAUCGAAUAUAAUUCUUUCCAAUUGUUGACAAUUAAAAGCA